AUGGACUCCGUGAGCACGGACCUCGCGCAUCUGCUCAGCUCGCUCCGCCUCGAGGCGCUCGCGCCCGCCUUUGCCGAGGAGGCGAUCACCGACGUUGCGCUCCUCACUUCGAUGGGGCGCGAGAUGCUGCUCGAGAACCUGGACGAGAUUGGCAUCGAGACGUCCGACGCCACCACGCUGGCGGACGCCCUCUUCCCGCCCUCGCCUGCGCCUGCCGCCGCUCCCGCCACUCCCGCCGCCGCUCCUGCGCCGUCCAACGGCCACAUCGUCGAUGCCAGCCCCGGCGGCGACGCGUCCGGCGGCGGCGGCGGCGGCGCGGCAGUGAGCGCCGAGGAGGAGAGCGCGCACGAGGUUGCCCAGUGGCUGCUCAAGCCGUACCUCGUCAUCGACCCUGGCGAGCUCAAGUCCAAGGUGCUCCGGCUGACGCGGGAGGCGAACCGGCACCAGCACGCGGGGCUGCACGCGAACGCGGCCGCCACCUACACCCAGGCCCUCGCGCUCGAGCCGCCCAAUGCGCGCGCCGUCGCCGCCCUCUACUACAACCGCUCCGCCGCGCACCGCGCCCUCGGCCGGCACUGGGAGGCGGCGCGCGACGCGAGGCUGGCGGCGCAGGCGGAGCCGCGCGCGGAGCCGCGCCGCACCGCCGCGGCCUGGUGGCGCGCCGCCGACGCCGCCCUCGCUUCGGGCGACGGCGAGGGGGCGGCCGAGGCGGUGGCGCUGGGGCUCAAGGCCGACCCGAGCAGCGCGCCGCUCAAGCAGCUGCAGGCAAAAAUGCGCGCCGACGCGGCGGGGCUAUGA